AUGGCCUCACAUCAGGACAACAUCGGCCCCAAGGACGUCCCUACCAAGGACGUCGUCACUGAGCCGUCUCACCCAGUCGACGGUCACGGAGAAACUGGUGAGCGCCGACACACUCACCACGACAUCCCAGACCAUGGCCACAACUUGUCCAUGCAGAAGAGCGUAGACGAGAACCCUGACCUCGCCCUACACUACUCUCACGAGCAUCAGCAUAAGCACUUGCACCACAAUCGUGCUUCGCUCGUUGGCCGACAUGAUGAAGUGCUCUACUCUGAAGGCACUACCUACGACAAACCCCAUAUUGACAGCAAAGGCCCGCAAGAUUAUGUUCACCAUCAACUCCGUGACCCCCACAAUGAGAAAUCAGAGUUUCAUGGGGAUGCUGAAAAGGGCGCUCUGGAAGAGCCGACUAGGUUGGAGUCCAGUGGUUCGGAAGAUGACGGACAGAAACAUCGUAUCUCUAGGAAUUACUCCAAGUACAAGAUCUUCGUCCACUUGUUUAUUUGGCUGUUGUUCACUGGAUGGUGGAUUGCGGGUCUGGUUAUGCACCGAUACGACUUGGGAUGGCUGAUCCCGUUCCUCCUGUACCUUGCCAUCACACUGAGGAUUAUCUUCCUCUGGGUACCCAUUACGAUCAUCACGAAGCCAAUGCACUUUGUAUGGAAUAACACGGUGGUGAAAGGGGUGUCCUUCAUUCCCGAGAAAUUCCGCAUCUGGCUCGCUGCAGCCGGUGCCAUUGCUGUAAUCCUUCUAGGCGCCUUUGUGUCCGAAGAAUCCGCAGAUAACACUCGAGGAAAUCGGGCCAUUUCUCUUCUUGGAUUGGCAGUCCUACUCGUUGUCCUCUAUGCCACCUCGCGAGACCGUCGCAGGAUUCGCUGGCACACAGUUAUUGGUGGCAUGCUGACGCAGUUCGUCAUUGCCGUCUUCGUUCUCCGAACGAAGGCAGGAUACGAUAUCUUCAACUUCAUCUCUUUCUUGGCCCGUUCUCUCCUCGGAUUUGCCGACCAAGGUACAGCAUUCUUGACCGCCGACUCUGUCACUCAAUUGCACUGGUUUUUGACUGGCGUGGUACCUCCCAUCAUCUUCUUCGUGGCUCUGGUCCAGGUCUUGUACUAUAUCGGAGUCAUCCAGUGGUUCAUUGGCAAGUUCGCAGUUUUCUUCUUCUGGAGCUUGCGAGUCUCUGGUGCAGAAGCCGUUGUUGCUGCCGCAUCUCCUUUCAUUGGUCAGGGUGAAUCUGCCAUGUUGAUUCGACCUUUCGUGGCUCACUUGACUCUUGCUGAAAUCCACCAAGUCAUGUGCUCUGGGUUUGCCACCAUUGCCGGCUCUGUUUUGGUGGCAUACAUUGGCUUGGGUCUCAACCCUCAAGCCCUGGUGUCUUCAUGUAUUAUGUCCAUCCCAGCCUCAUUGGCUGUGUCCAAGAUGAGAUAUCCAGAGACAGAAGAAACCAUCACUUCCGGACGUGUUGUCAUCCCCGACGAUGAUGAACACCGCGCGACCAAUGCCCUCCACGCUUUUGCCAAUGGCGCUUGGCUCGGUAUCAAGAUCGCCGGUAUGAUUGUGGCAACACUUCUCUGCAUUAUUGCGUUGAUCGGCCUUAUCAAUGGACUCCUUGGCUGGUGGGGAAGAUAUAUCAACAUCACCAAGGAUGGCGAGGCCUAUCUUACUCUCCAAUUGAUCCUUGGAUACAUCUGUUAUCCAGUUGCGUUCCUGCUUGGCGUUCCAAGACCCGAUCUGCAGCGUGUUGGUGAACUCAUCGGUGUCAAGGUCAUUGCCAAUGAGUUUGUUGCCUACCUAUCCCUCACCACAGAGGAACAAUACAUCAAUAUGAGCCCACGUUCCAAGCUCAUUGCCACCUAUGCACUAUGCGGUUUCGGCAAUCUUGGUUCCCUUGGCACUCAAAUUGGUGUGCUAUCUCAAAUCGCACCUUCGCGGUCUGGUGACGUUUCACGCGUUGCCCUUUCUGCUUUAUUUUCGGGUGUCCUUGCGACCCUUACUUCAGCUUCAAUUGCCGGCAUGCUGGUCACUGACCAGGUUACCUUGGUCAAUGAGUCAAGCUAA